CCUGCCCAAUGUACGGUAUAUAAGGACAACCCGGGCCAUGCAUAGCCCUGUAAUGCUCAGAAAUCUAGGUUGAAGGUUGUCUCGGAUUGGACGAUUUCACUAUGAAACGCAUUGUGAUUCUGCUUGUUCUGUCACUAGGAGCAGUUCUCAGCAAUGAAUGCAUCAACGAAUGCUCUCUCCCUGAUCCCACGUCAGAAAACAGUGUCAUGCAAUCAAUGGGGUUCCCAGGUCCUGUUGAAAGCUUUGGUGGAGCCUCGUACUCUGGCCUUGAGAUGGUUCUGAAAAACGCCCAAAUAGUUUGCACUGAUGUGUUCCAGAGAGGGGACAUUGCUACUUGUCCAGAAGGUACCACCCCAACCUCUUGCUCCUGUGGGAGUGGAUGUGGCUCGUGGGAUGUGCGAUCUGAUACAACGUGUCACUGUCAGUGUCAUAGAAUUGACUGGACCUCAGCCCGGUGCUGUAAAGUGGCCGCAAAGAAAAAGUGAUCUCAAAAGUCAACAUCUCAUUCUCUCCCAUUAUUUGCUGUGAUUUUCCUUAAUUGUGUUUCUUAAUAGAGAAAAAAAGCUUUUUUUUUUAAAUGCAAAAAAUUCUUUCAAUCUGGAA